AUGGACACAGUGGGGCAGAUGCGCACUCUAUCUUCCUCUUUGGAGGUUGUUGUAGGUGAGACAGAAGGAGAUGAAGGAGAGGGAGAGAAUAGUAGUCGUAGUGGUAGUAAUGAUAGUAAUAAUAAUAAUAAUAAUAAUAAUAAUAAUAAUAAUAAUAAUAAUAAUAAUAAUGAUAGUGGUAGUAUAAAUAAUAAUAAUAAUAAUUCUAUUAGUGAUGCGUAUACGAAUCCUUUUAAUACUCCUUCGGUUAAUACUACUACUACUAAUACUAAUACUACUACUAAUACUACUACGUGCUGUAUGUGCAAUCACAGCAGUGGCUGUUGUAAACGUCAUGUGUCUUUAACAACAGAAACCAUACCGCAUACACUGUAUAUACGUAUUGCAGCGAUUGUGCCAUUUCUUGCAGUUCUUCCUCAGAAACGUAGUCCUAUCUUUACAGAGAAAAGUCCAAUGGUGGAUAAUUCUCAUAAUAGUAGUAAUAGUACAGUAGAAGUGUGUAGUGAUUUAUCUCCAGAGCAUAUUCUUACUCGACAAGAAAUGAGUAAAACAUUACUUCUUUGUGGUGUAAAACGGCAUCGUUGUGCAGAGGCGGUCCUUCAUCUCUGGGAAUACUUUCUACUACUUGCUUAUAAUAAUUGUAAUAAUAAUAAUAAUAAUAAUAAUAAUAAUAAUAACAAUAACAGUGCUAUCAUGUCCACUAUAGAGAAGAAUAGUGCCGUUGGGGAUUUCGCUCUUGUAAUGCGGCACACUUCACUCCGUCAUGUAAAGAGACGAUCAUCAUCAUCAUCAUCAGCGGCGGCGGCUCACAAUUCACAUAAUUUACUGGUGUCUAUGGAAGAACUUAUCGCCGCCGCCAGUGCCGCGGAAAGAGAAAAAGAAAAAGAUACUACUAUUCCUAAUAUUCCUACUAAUAUUACUACUACUAUUCCUAUCACUAUUGAUAAUAGUAAUACUAGUAGUAAUGUCUAUUCGCCUGGGGGGUAUACGUUGGUGGUAUCGAAGAAUGCCUUUGACCGGGCGAUGGCGCGACUCCUCAGCCGUGAGCUGCGCGGCCAAUCCAUUACGGUCUGCCCACUCCCGCGCUGGGCGGUGUCGCAGUCGAUUGUGCAGCACCGCCGCCCACUCGUUCUCUUCUGCGGCGGCACCAGCGGCUGUGGGAAAAGUACACUCGCGAGUCUCAUCAGCACACAUCUGGGCAUAGACACACUGCUCUCCACAGACACCAUUCGCCAGGCACUGCGCAAGACACUCCGGCGAGAGGCUUUUCCGGAAUUGUUUUUCUCCACCUAUGAGGCCCAUCGGGCGGCGAAGAGGUGUAAUAAUAAUAAUAAUAAUAAUAAUAAUAAUAAUAAUAAUAGUGAUAAUGUAGAAGAGGAAAAAGAUGAGGAGGAGGUGGAGGAUUCGCAAAUGAUUAUUUCGGCUUAUGAGAAACAGUGUGAUACCAUUCUGCGAGUAUUGGAUGGAAUGUUGGAGAAAAUCAUUACUCGCCAAGAGGCCGUGGUGGUAGAGGGUGUCCAUUUACUACCAAACUACAUGUACCGCAAAUGUAGAGAACUUCAGGCACGUGGAAUUAUGUGUGUACCGUUUCUUAUCUGCAUAACGAAAGAACAACGACAUUUGGAACGGUUUUGUACUCGUUCAAAGUGUAUGUCCUUAUCUCCACAACGGAAUAAAUAUGUAUCUCACUUUCAUCAUAUCCGUUUAAUUCAACAACACCUUUUAGAACAGGCUCAUACAUGUCAAAUCAAUAUAGUAAAUAAUACGAAUCUUGAUAGAUCUCUUAUGUUUGUGCAUGCGCAUUUACUGGAUUGCAUGGAUCAUGGAAUGACACUUUUACGGGAUGAGAAUCCACAAAGGGAAGUAGUAGUAGUAGUAUCAUCAUUAGAUACAACUUCUUCCUCUUCUUCUUCUGCUAAUACUACUAAUAUUAAUAAUAAUAAUAAUAAUAGUAAUAGUAGUAGCCCUCAUUCAUCUUCUUUAAUGCCGUGGACAUCCCAGAGAGAUGCGGGAGAGGAACAUGUACUGAAACAUGAAGAUGUCAUCAUCCAUCGUACCUUUGCGGAUCCAAAUAUAAGUGGAAAACGUAUGUUGGCACUCUUACUUAAAUGGCGUAGAGAGAAAAAGAAACGAUGGGCAAGUAAUAAUAACAAUAGUGAUAGUAGUAAUAAUAUUAAUAAUACCCAUUCUAUGAAUGCAUUUCAUUCAUGUGAAUCUUGUCUAGCCAAAUCCUUGCUCACACAAACAACAAGAUCUCGUUCCGCGGAGUCCCUCACUUCUUUUCGUUUACAAUCCCUCACUGUGGGUUCACGAGAAGGCAAUGCGGGAAAUGAAACUCCAAUAACAACAACAACAUCAACAUCAACAACACGGCAAAACAUAUGUUCUGCGGCUGAAACGAUGUUAACACAAUAUGGAGAUGAAAGACAUCGUAUAAAGUCUCCAACAGAAGCUGCCGUCUGGAGAACACCGACACAGUCAGAAGAAAAUCCUUCUUUUUUCCAACAACAACAACCAAAAGAAAAGGAAAAAAAAGAAAUGUUGUUGUCCGUCGUUUCCCCUUUGGAGCAAUCUCAUUUAAAAACUACGAAUACAAUCAAUGAUUCCCCCACUUUUCCUUCUUCUGCUAUUAUUACUACUACUACUACUACUACUACUACUAUUGCUGCUGCUGCUGCUGCAGUGAUAGGUCGGAAAGAUAUGGUCUUCCGCUCUGCGAGUGCCGGUGCUGUGGAUAGAGAAGAUGAAGAUGAUGAAGUGGAGUGUUUGCUGCCGCGGGGAAAGAAACACAAACGAUCUACAAAGUGUGUAUUCUGUCCAUGGCGGGCAUUUCGCAGUGCAAAAGAUCCCGUGGAUGAAAAGGAAGAAGAAUGGGAGACUGGAAGCCGUUGCGAGUUCCCAUCGUUAAUGGGAAGUUAA